AUGAAUAAAGAACUUCAAAUUCAAACCGCAUCGCGACCGCAACGCAGUGAGCCAUUCAAAGGACCAAGGUACAACAUUAAACUCACCGCAUACUUUUUUGCCACUUCAAUACAGCACAGCAUUUCCAGGACCGCUUCAAGAGAGGAAAAAUCGAAGGGAUUCGGAUUGAAGGCGCAACUCCGGAAAACGUCAAUUUUGUCUUCGAGGUACAGCAAGUCAUCAAUCGUCUUCAUUUCCCGACACUCGUUGGUCUUCAUCAAGGUUUGCUGAACUGGAGCCCGUUUCAGAGUGCCAGAAUUGACGUCUGAAUGAGAAUAUUGAAAUUUUGCCGCAAGAAAAUAGUCGAAACUUCUCGGGUCCAUCCCCAACUGUACACAUUUCGAGAACCGGCAAGCUCGACAGCUUCUUUUCGAUUUUCCUUUUUCAAAAGUUCCGUUGAAACAUUUUCCGUCGUUUUCGCAUAUGAAAUUUCUUUUGCAAAGAGCGGUUCUCCGGAAAAAGCUGAUACAUCCGUUGCACGCUGGAACCUAAAGAUAGAGUUUGAAAAAUGUGGUCGCAUUUGGAACGAUUCAACGAUUAGCAUGGUAGAAAAAAUUGCAGAAAAUUUCAUCAAUAGAGCGCAACUGACCUCGUGAUAAUAGCAAGCCGCUUUUGAGCCGCAAACCGCACAAUUUUGAGGUUUUCCCAUUGAUUUAGUAGUAAGGGAUGAACUCGCCAGGUUCGGGAAGAACUCAGCCAGUUCUUGGUUCAGCCCCGACAUUUUGAAAUACCUGAAAAAGGCUUUUUUUUUCUUGAGUAAAAACGACAGGAGAUCUGAAUGAUGUUCGAAAAUUUCUGCUGAUGAACUUUGAUCCAAAAUAACAUUAAAAACGGUUAUUCGCUUUGAAAAAUUCAAAAAAUUUUAAUACGCCCCUUUAAAUACCCGACUCACUGUUAGGCUUCUUGGUAAGAUUUCCGAAAAAUUUCUUUUUCAACUUUCUUUCUUUUUUUUUCUAUUUAAAAUCAUCAUUUAGUUGAAAAUAGUAAUAAAAAAGCUCGUUUAGAAAAGCUGAGGCAAGAAAAAACGAAUUCUAGUUCAAACAUGACCCUUUCAAACUUUCAAGCUUAAUAAAUUCCUAGAAUUUUAACUUUUUCUCCUUGAGAUUACUAGCUUGUACCAAAUUUGAAACUUUUCUUUAAUAAUGACCUGUUUUUGAAAAGAAAACGCGGAAAACGUAAAAGUAAAAAGGAGUGAAAGGGAAAAAAGAACAACGAUUAUUGAUCGGUUGUCAAGGUACGAGGAAACCUGGGCAAACAUUGUUGCUUGGCGAAAUUUUUUCUGCGGUUUGUGUCCAUAAUUGACCCAAUGAAAGUUUCAUGAUUGCAUGAAAUAAUAAUAUCAAAUGACAUGGAAUAAUCCAAUAAAAUCGCAUGUUUUUUCCUUGGUAUGAGCUUUCAAAAAGCGGGAUAUUUUUUUUUCCGGUUUUGAUUUCUUAAAUUUUAAUGAGCGAUUCUGAAAAACUUGGAGAAACCAUGUUUCAAAAAAGAAGCAAGACCAUUUUUUUAGGGUUGCGAUGUUUUAAACUCGAAAAAGCUGAAAUUUUUCCAUGGUAAAAAAAACUCAAGCAUCAGACCUGCGAGAGUCCGUCCAGUUUUUUUAUUUGAGUUUUUUUAAAGAUUUUUUUCCAUGAUAAAAUCAAUAAAAUCAAUAGUUUUCGUUGAUGAAAUUUUUGAAAAAGAAUAUAAGAUUUUUCUUUGAAAAAAAUUAUAUUCCUUAAGUUCCGCUAAUUUUUUUCAGACACGCUUGCUUUUUGCAAAAAAAUAAUAUUUUCAAAAAAAUAAAUGUCCAAUUUACAAUUGAAGUACAUUUUUUUGUAAAAAUAAGACUAUCUGAAAUCCUUAUUUCGCGUUCAAAACUCUCUGAAAUCUGAAAAACUUUGCAAAACUGAUAAUAUUUGUGAGAAACGCGAGCUUGAAUAAAUCAUGAAAAAAUCGCUCUUUGCUUCGUUUAACCUUAAGAAGGUCUAAAAACUUGCUUUAAUUUUUUUCUUAUUUUUCUCGUUGAUAAAUUUAUGAAUAAACUAUUUUUUUUCUUCAAUUUCUUUUCUUCUCUCAUAAAUUGUUUAAAAGCUCGAGGAUGACUCGAUUAUGAAAAAAUUGGUCUCUGCUUCAAUAAAACCUGAAAAAAGUCAAAAACCUGCGUGUAUUUUUUUCUUGUGUGCUUCUUUAGAGAUGUUGUGAAUGGACUAUUUUUUUCAACAAUUUGAGCUUGAAUAAAUUAGAAAAAAAUCAUUCUUUGCCGCAAUAAACCCUAAAAAAAGACUGGAGACCUCUUUAGCUUUUUCUUAUAUGCUUCUUCAGAGCUUUCAUGAAUAAACUAUGUCCCUCAUCAUUUUUUUAUUCACGAGUUGAAGAAAAGCCUUGAUCUUGAAUAAAUUUAAAUCAGUAUUUGCUCCAAUCAACCCUGAAAAAGCCUGAAGACCUGCGUUUAUUUUUUUGUAUGCUUAUUCAGAGCUGUUGUGUUUUUCCUCAGUUCUUUUUCUCUUUCACAGGCUCCGACGUCAUCUUGCAAAUGGGCGGAGUCUGGAGCCCGAGGCGACGGCUCCUUCGCAUCGAUCGCCGCUUUUACUCCGAGCGCAAUGAAGUCGCUUCUCGUGGUGACCUGUCUGGUUGCCGUUUGUUGCGCCCAUCAGACGCCCAUUUCCAUUCCCGAUGUUAUCCCGCAGGUCAUUUAUUUUUCCCAGCUUUUCAUAAUGAGGAAAAAAGGAUAUUUUUUUGAUGGAAAUCGUGAAUCGCUUCAAAUUUAUGGAAAUUUGUGAGGGUUUUUAAAAUGCUCAAAAAGCAGUUCUUUAAAAAUCCUAGAAAGCUUUUUUUAAGUUGAUAUUUUUUUAAUUCGAUUAUAAUUUUUUUAUUGAAUUUUACUUUCUAAUUGCAUAAUUUCGAAGGAUUUUUUUAUUCAAUUUUUGUUGCGAUUUUUUUGAUCAUAAUUGAGAAACUGCAGUUCCGAGGAAUAAAAUUACGAUUCAAAAUCAUUUUCAAUAGCCAAAACAUCACUUUGAGCUCGAAAUUUCUCGGAAAAAAACAGCUCCUUCUCAAUUCUGAAAGAAAAUCGCUGAAAAUUUUCGAAAUCGAAAUAAUUCAAAUAUUCGUAAACCUCUUGACACUUUCUAGUCUUUUCCAAUUUAUCAAAGUCAUCACUUCAAGCUAUAAAUUCUGAAGUUCAAAAUCUUCCAGGCGGAUUCAUAUAUUUGCACGUCAGUGCCGGUCGGCGACGUCACUCAAUACAUAAGUAAGUUGGACUUCUUUUCUCUCUUUUAUUCAAGUUUUUUCGGAAAAUCCACAAGAAGUAGUUUCAUAGUUGACUGGAAUUUGCUUUUUUCAGACUUGAAAAUUUGAUAAUUUUAGGUUGCAGUUGAGAACUAUAUCUUCGAAAAUUUGAGAGCUAUUCCUGUUUCAAAAUUAGGACAUUCCGAAGAUUCUCCCUUUGAUUUUUCAAACAGAAAUAGUCUCAGUGAACAGCAUAAUUGAUCCAAUUUUUUUUUGAGAUGAAAAAUUUUUUAAAUUUUCAAUUGAAGCAGAAUUGAGUCAAGAUUCACGUGAGUUGGUACAAAAUCCACAUCUUCCGGAAGUAGGGUUGAUUUUUAAAAACCUUGACAAAAAAGGUAAAAAAUUGGUUUCAAUCUGAGGGAAACAAUGGUAAACUUUAGCCUUGUGAUGGGGGAGGGGGGUGAAUUUGUCUUUAAUUUAAAAGACUAGGGGUCGAGAAUUACCCUGGCCUUUGAAAAUGGUCUGCCCACGUAUUUUCAGAGACGAUUUUUUUUUCAGCUGGAUUUGAAGCAAAUGUAGCCGAUGGCAACGCUCAUCACAUUCUUCUCUUCGGUUGCGGUUCGCCGGGAAGUGACGAAGAAGUUUGGUGAGGCUUUGAAUCUCAAAAAAGUUGCCUUUUUGGUUCUGUAGAACCUUCUUGAUUGAUUUUUCUGUUGUAAUAAUUCUUCGCGAAAAAAAAAAUGGCAAAACCAAUUUGGCGUAAUAGGAUUAGCCUCCCCCUUUCCCAGAACGCUAUCCAUUUCACAAAUGAGCUUUUUGAAACAUCUCACGUUUUUUUUUCUUUUCAAAGAAGUUUUUUUUACGUUUUCGAGCCUGGCAAGUUCUUCUUAUUAAUAGAACCACAUCCAGAAAGUCUAUUCGGUUAAAAAUUCAUAUUAAGGUGUUUAAAAAUGUGGAAAUCGUGCAUGACGUGAGAUAACGCAAAAACAAAAAUUGAUCUCAGUCUCGAAAAAUUCAUUUUUAACAUCUCAAAAGUUCUCUCUGAAAUUAGCCGGAAAUUUGAUCAAAUGAUCCUUGAAAUACUAGACGAAGAGUCUGAAAGUCUCAACUUGCAAAAAAUCUUAAUUUUCGAGAAAGAUCAGCUUGAAAAUUGCUUUUUUUUUGUUACCUUCUGUUGUUUUUCUUUGUUUUUAGGCAUACUUUAUCGAAAGUAGGAUUUUUCGCAGUGAGCGAAUUUCUAAAACUUCCAGAGUGUGAAGCACAAUGACCUUCUAGUCAGAGAAUUUUUCAACAGCCAUAUUAAAAACGUGAAAUUGACCUAUAAAUUUCAAAACUGACGGGUAGUCAUAAAUGGUCUCUCAAGAAGGUUUUCUGGUUGGAACUGACAAAAAUCAAGUUUCUGAGUUCAGGAACUGCGGCGAGAUGAACAUGGCCGCCGACGGAAUGGAACAAGGCCCAACUUGCGCCAGCAAACCGUCCAUAAUCUAUGCUUGGGCCAAAGAUGCACCUCCUCUCGAACUUCCUAAAGGUCGAGCCGAUUUUCAAAACUGUUUCCAAAAACUGCAUUUUUGACCUCUUCCUUAGGUUAUGCUUUUUUGUUCCAGACGUGGCUUUCGCCGUCGGCGGAGAUACGGACGUUCAGUAUCUCGUCCUACAAGUCCACUACAUGCACUCCAAGGAGAAGGCCGACAAGUCCGGCGUCACUUUGUCCCACACAUCGGUCCCUCAACCCAAACUAGCCCAAACCAUGCUGCUGGUGACCGGUGGAACGUUGCCGGCGAAAUCCACAGGUUUUUCUGAGAAUAAGGCCUGUUUCUAUGCAUGCGCCUCUGAUUUAGUCUAAAGCUUUCAUUGUAUUCCUUCCGAGAGGCUUCCUUUCGAUGGCCUGUGCGCCUUUAAUAUAACAAAACUAGGUUUUCAGAAUCCCUGAUCUUUCGCUAAAGGUCUACACUCCCAAAAAACCGUUUAGUUUUAGUCAUAAUUGAGCCCAAAAAUAGACAUUAUCGUUAUGUAAUCAUCUUGUUACAUCUUCAGAAACCUUCGAGACGGCGUGUGUCAUCGAAGAAGACGUCAAACUUCACCCCUUCGCCUUCAGAACUCACACUCACCGACACGGUACCGACGUCGGUGGAUGGGUCGUUCAAGAGGUUUGAAUUUCGAUCAUUUUUAUUGUUAUCAUGGCUUUUCAAGGAUCAUAGACAAAAUUUUAAAAAGGUCUAGAGACGAAGAGUUGAUUUUAGUAAUGAUUAAAGCCAUGCUGAACUUUCAAAAAAGCCAUAACUUGUUGAAUUCAGAACGAGAAGGGCGACGACUCGUGGCUCCUGAUCGGACGACGUGACCCUCAACUGCCGCAAAUGUUCGCCCCGGUCGCCAACACGUCAUUGACCAUCCAACAAGGCGACAUGCUCAGCGCCAGAUGCGUCAUGAAGAACGACGAGGAUCGCGACAUCGAGAUGGGACCCACGGGCGACGACGAAAUGUGCAACUUCUACGUGAUGUACUGGGCCGACGAGGGCCGGGUCCUCAACGACAACACCUGCUUCUCGCCCGGAGCGCCCUACUACCGUUGGAGCUCCGAAGCGGCUCUCAACCAUAUCCCAAAAUAA